CUAACCGAUUGACCCAAUUGACAGGUCUCAUUGUAAAUGGAGAAGCCCAAAAAUGUACUUAGAGUACUCAGUAAAAUUUUGGGUGUUCCAUUACGGUUUACCCCCACCAGUAAAUUAGAGAGAGCUAAGUUUCAACGGAAAGGGGAGAGAUCGACGGGCGGUCGGGCGUAGGAGGGUUUAGGCCGGCCACGAGCACCGGAGUUUUCCUGCUUUCAGUUCUACCAAGCGGUUCAGCUGAGUCUCUAACCCUCCUCUUUCUUUAUCGAUGUAUUUGAUUUCAAGGUUGGCUAGGCCUCUGAGCUUAAUGCGCGCUCAGAUUUCUACCAAAACAGCGUUGCCAUUAGGAAAAUCAUUGACGAUUUCAUCGCCAUGCCAUCAUCUAAACACCCAUUUCCUGCUCUACCCCCCGUCUGAAAAGCAUAAAGCUGUUUAUCUCUCUAAGGUUGACCUCUAUGCUCUCCUUAAGCAGACACCAGGACACCUCAAAGAUUUAGUCUUUAAAUUUCUGACAGAAAAGAACGUUAUGGUCGACUACAAUGACUAUACUCAUAGGCUUGAGUCGUCGGUGUUGGUACAAUACCCACCGAAGUGCUUCUUUGAACCUAUUAGUGAUGACUAAGAGGUGGUUUUGUACACAGAUGCGUCUGCCAGAGAGCGGCUCCAGUGUUUUUUUAUAGGGGCUGUUAUUCUGAAUCAUGUUGAUGGCAUGGGAUGGAUGGAACAGAACUUAUCCCAGCAGAUUACGGCGAAGAACAUACAUGAAGCCGAAUCUUUGGCCUCCAAAUUUGGCCUCCAGUCUCUAAUGAACCAAAACAUGAACUUAAAAGUUCUACAUUUGUCUGAUUCCGAGACUCACAUUCGACGUCUUAAGAAGUUUGCAGUUACUGCCGAUUUAGCACUUUUUACGUUCUGGAGUGACAUUUUCGAUAUUAUGCUGCAGUUCCGACACUUGACGUGCGAAGCCAUCUACCGGGAGGGCAAUUUGGCUCAUUACCCGGCGAAUGUACAUAGGUUGGAGGCUAAUUUAGGCCUCGAUGGUGAAGAUGGCAAUCUUAUUAGAAAACGGGAUAUCUUAAAGCAUACCUAUGAGGGUUUAGUUGGUGAAUUUCUAAGAGGAGAUCCGUAUUUUGUUUUCAGGUAUAAGGGUAUUGAUCCGCUCAUCCCCCCAACAAAAGGAGAAGCGGGAUCUUGUUUGAGCUUUGGUGAUUAUGCAAGUUGGAGAAAGAUUCCAAUCUGCCUACCUCAACUAUUCAGUAGAAUGAACACUAAGAAUAAAGAUUUCAAGAGUGCUGCGCUCGAGAAAGAUUUAGAACUCUUGUGCCAAGAAAUAAAUUUUGCAAACUGGGCUUCAGAAGGAGCAGUGAACUGGUUCAUUGGUGAACUCUUUUCCCCUCAUUUGACAAACUUGCUUGAUUCUAUCAAGUCACAUCUGGAAAAAUAUGAGGAGAUAGGGGAGUUGAUUUGCUUAUGUGUCAGAGAAGUGAGUAUUGUGAAGGUGGCUACUCUGCUACACCUAGGAGGGAAAGGUUCGGUGGCUGUGGACUUUGCUCAGACACGCCAGUGUGUAGCGAAUGAGAUGGGGAAGUUGAUUGACAAAGAGGUGCGACAGUUGGGCAAGUUCUCAGCUGAUAAAGAAAAAAUGGUGUUUAUGUUGAGAUUACUUGAAGUUUUUUGAGAAGUUUGGUGGUACUCCCUACAAAUUCAUUCAGAGUGGACAAACAUUUAAGCUGAAAGAAAAAGAUCAUCCGGAGAUUGUACGCUUGCUUUCGGUUCCGGAUAUCACCUUCCCCUCCUCAAAACGGUAUGGGAGAUUUGUUUUGUAUCGUUAUCAAGUAAUGACACAUUGUUUUGUUUAUGCAAUGUUAAAUUAGCGCGCUGUUGGCUACAGCUUUGAAGUUGUUUUUGGAAACAAUCUCCAGUUGCCUAGGCUGUAAAUUUAAAAAUUGUCCAUGAAACUUUUCGACCAUAUACAAAUAUAUAUAUAUUCAUUACGAUUUGAAUAAGUGUAGUUAGUUUUAUGUAGCAGUAGUAGUAUUUUAAAACAGCUCAACUUUUGUCACUAUCCAUCCAGUGGUGGAAUACAAUGGAAAUGGGAAAUGGCAAGACCCUAUAAUA